CUUCAGUUAUUUUAUGUACUUUGGCUGUUAGCCCUACGGCCUCAUUCGCAAGGCAACAACUAUCGCUCCUUGCCCUGGGGAGUUAGUGUAUGCAAUUUCCAAUGGAUCUUUUUUUUCUCAAUAGCGGGACUAGCGGGACUUGCGGAACCCUCUACCACUGUUACCAACUGACCAGAGUAAGAGCAGUGCGGUGACACGGAAUUUAAUGAGAAUUUCCUAUCAUUUCCUAUCAUUGCUGACGUUCGGAUCUUCAUUAAUAAAUUUCAAUUAUAAUCCCCGUUCCAUUUUUAUAUUCUCAUAAUCCAAACAUUAAACACUAUGAAGAUUACUAAAUCAUUACAUUAAUUAAUAUUAUCCUCGAGUUUGUGUUGUUGUCUCUUGUUUAUUCAAGAAGAUGCUGAUUGUCACCUUUAUAUCCCACGUCACGAUACUGAGUCCUUGCGUCUGUUAGCCACAUAUCAGCCUUCAUUUCUAGCCUACCCUAGGUACCUUACCUACACAAGGUACAUAACUCGAGCUGCCUAACUUCAAGUUCAUUUCCGAAUGAUUUUGUUUGAUGGCUAGUACUAAGUGGACUUGUUGUUGUAUUGCACCUAACAAAUUAUCAACUUCUUAAUUCCAUUUUGACAUGACCCAAUGCUCUCUAAUAUAAGUCAAGUUUUUGGCUCUGUCGGCAUUAUAUGGGGUUCCUUUGUCUUUCUGGUGCAGACCAUAGGAAACUACCAGAUCUUCCGCAACUAUUCUUCCAAGCCGCCACCUCCCGUAUCGCCGUUCUUACCGAAAGAUGAAGUUCCACAUGUAACCAUUAUACGUCCUGCCAAAGGCCUUGAGCCCGGCCUAUACGAAUGCCUAGCCUCCGUCUUCCACCAGUCAUACCCCAAGGACAAGUUGACCAUAUACUUUUGCGUAGCGUCCAAGGAAGAUGCCGCCUACCCCGUUAUCCUAAAGCUCCUCGAGAACCACCCCGGCUUCGAUGCCAAGGUCUUCGUCGAAACCGAAGACCCUUACCUUCACGGUGACGGGGGCCAUGUUGACAACGUCGGUCCGAAUCCCAAGGUUCGGAACCUGAGCAGAGCGUAUCGGGAAGCCAAGGGUGAUAUAAUGUGGCCACUCGAUUGUAAUGUGUGGAUUGCCAGGGACGUAACGGGACGUAUGGUCGACAAACUUUGCGGGUACCUACCGAAUGGCCAAAGAGCGAAACCGUAUAAGUUUGUGCAUCAAUUGCCUUUAGUUGUGGACACGGUCACCUCCAUGAGUAGUUUGAACUCUAAGGGCCAGACACUACUCUCGGGCUCUUCCGUUACCGGUGGAUCCGACGCUCAGUCCAACGUGAACGUCCCAUCCUCCGUCUUCUCGCGGUCCUGGGCCCACGGCGGCGGACGUCUAGAGGAGAUGUUCAUGGCCACCACUCACGCUAAAUUUUACAGUGCCAUCAACACCGUCGGCAUAGCCCCAUGCAUUGUGGGGAAGAGCAACAUGUUCCGAAAGUCACAUCUCGACCAGGUCACCGACCCAGCCCGAAACCCGAUCCUAACCGGCAGAGCCGCUACUCUGCCCAAGGGGCUGGACCACUUCUCGCUGUUCAUGUGCGAAGACCAUGUCAUCGGCGACCUCCUAUGGCGAUCCAGCCUACCCGGCUUUGCCAACCAUGGCCUCGUCUGGGGCGACCUGGUCAUCCAGCCCAUGGCAGGCAUGUCUAUACGGGCCUAUGCCGCACGCAGAGUUCGGUGGUUACGCGCCCGGAAGUGGACAGUGCUAUCGGCAACCUUGGUCGAACACGGCGUCGAGAGCCUUGUGUGCUGCUUCUACAUCUCGUUUGGUCUCACCAGUUUGCCCUGGUUUCAUGAAACCUUCGGCAUCCCACAGACCUGGAAGGCCAUGUUGUACUGCUGGUUAACGGGCAUCACGCUGUGGAUGGCUAUAGACCGCGUCGUCUUCAAGAGAUUACACGCCGGGCGGACCAUCUACGUUGACGAGAAUACACCGCCAUUCGCGCGAGGCACCAGUGGAGGCGGGGCAGAGAAGCGCCGGUUUGGCGAGUGGUUCUUAGCAUGGCUGGGACGAGAAAUCCUUGCGUUACCUAUAUGGACGUGGGCCGUGUUCCUCGGCACCACGGUGAACUGGAGAGGGAAGCUGUUUCGCGUUCGGUCGGACAUGACCGUUGUCUCGAUAGACGCUGAGGGGAGAGACGUGCAGGUAGACGCGGCGCCUCAGCAAGCAUCACAGAAUGGGCAUAGCUUAGCAUCAAGAGGGAAAAAAGACUAGAUACGGGAUAACUGCCGUAGUACCUAUAUAUCUAUAAUACAUAAUAUUAUAUUG